UGAUAGCGUGUGUAGUCAUUUAACAAUGGUAGCUUGUUUAACCAUAGGCCUUAUCAAAAUACAAAUAUAUAACUGCCUUCUUUGAGUUUUAUUUGAUGCUCUUAUAAACAGGUUUAAUGAAAAUACAAAUACAAUCCUGCUUCUGAGCAAAGACGUACAUCGAAAUUGAAAAAUAAAACUUAUCAAUAUUACAUGAAAGUAAAAUUAAUAUUUGGCGUGAUGAUAUUAAAAAGCAAAAGUGUUUUGCCAUUUCCCCCUUAACAAUUUAACAUACAUCGUCAAAAAUCUUGUAGGUUAGAUGAUGUACCGCGCGGAGCGAGAUAGGCAUAGGAGAAAUGCAGAUUUAACGAUGGAACUUUUUUACAAAAGAUUUGAGUGGAUCACAUGUAACGUAAACAUGCAAAACUUUCGUUACAUAGAGAGAAACUAUUAAAGAACGAGAUUUUAACAAAAGAAAGAAAAGCAUUCACUUUAACAGAGGAAGAUUAUGAAAUAUAGAUCAAAAAAUAAUGAUGAAUAAUGAAAAGGAGGAUCAUUUUAAUGCUACAGGUCCCACAACUCGACCACCAAUUGUAAUAAGGCAGUCAAAUUUGGAAGAUGACUACACAAUAUGUGAAGAACUUGGACGAGGAAAAUUUGGAUUCGUCAAGAGAAUUAAAAGAAUAUCAACAAAUGAGCAGUUUGCUGCAAAAUGGAUAAAAAUUAAUGAAAAAACAAAAAACAAUGUUUUGGAAGAGAUCAAAAUCAUGGAAAAACUGGAUAGUAAACGUGUCAUAAAGUUACACAAUGUUUAUGAAACAUCAAAAAGUUAUAUUCUUGUGAUGGAAUUCGUUACCGGUGGUGAGUUAUUUGAACGAAUUGCCAGUGAAGAAACGGUAACUGAGAAGGAAUGUGUACAUUAUAUGAGACAAUUGUUGGAAGGCCUUCAAUACAUACACAGAAUGAAUAUCGUUCAUCUAGAUUUAAAGCCUGAAAAUAUAGUGUGUGUCAGCAAAUACUCUUGGAAUAUUAAAUUAAUCGAUUUUGGUUUGGCAAAAGAGUUAAAACCAGGAACAAUUGUUAAAACCAUGCAGGGAACACCAGAAUUUGUAGCUCCAGAAAUCAUCAAUUAUGACCCAAUCCAUUUGGCCAGUGACAUGUGGAGUGUGGGUGUAAUAGCAUACAUUCUUGUCAGCGGUCUCUCACCUUUCCUUGGUGAUGAUGAUAACGAUACUUUAACCAACGUAACUGCGGGAACGUACGAUUUUGAAGACGAAGCAUUUAUGAACGUUGGUCACGAAGUGAAAGAUUUCAUUGAAAAAUUACUACAGAAAUCGCCACGAAAACGAAAGACAGCCGAAGAAUGUUUAAAACAUGAGUGGAUCAAGAAAAAUAAAGGAAAAGGUCGGAUACCAACGGAAAAUCUUAGAAAGUUCAUUGUCCAAAAAAAAUGGCAGAAAUCAGUGAACGCUGUUCGUGCUGUUCAUAAGUUUUCAUCGAUAAACUCCCUCAGUAACAUUGGUGCAAAAACAAAGAGUCAAUCAGUUCUUAAACUUAAUGUGGAAGCCACAUUCAGUGCUAAACCAAGACCACUAUCUGAUAGAAAUCGAGAUUUGAGCAGAUCAGUGCCGUCAGUUUUUUCCAUUGACGAAGGGCAGUUUAAUAAACGCCAUGAUGAUUUUAGAGAGUGAUAACGAAGAAAGUGAAAUGGGAUCUACUGAAACAGUAAAUGAGAACGAUGUUGAUGAUAAGGAGGUUUUAGAAGGACUAUUCAAGGGAAAUAAGGACAUCUUGGAGUUUUUAAGUCCAGGUUUGACCAACAACAGUGAACAGAGACCUUCAGAAGGUCCGGAUAUUCCAGCAAAAGCCGAGUUUCUUCAAGCUUUAUCCCCACUCUAUAAAGUUCCUAAAGGAACAUCUGCCCUUAUGACUUGCAAAAUUAAUGGUAAUCCAUUACCAACCGUCACGUGGUACAAACGUGACAAAAAGUUGACGAAUGAUGACGAAAACAUCAAAA